UCUUCAAAUGCAGAUGAAUUUUUAUACCAUUCAAGUUCACGGUAAUGACAUGCGACUAUGCAUAAACACGACAAAAUGCGCCAUCAUCCCUCGCUUCCAUAAGAACCCUCAUCGGCUCAUCCUCUCUUCCUUAUCACUUGCUAAAGAACGAUUAUUAAUUUGAUUUGUUUUACCAACAAAAAAAUAUCCAUUUCCAUUCUGGUUCUCAUCUCUUCCUCUAUAUAGCUUUAUCUCCUCAAAAUCACUUCUUUUAUCGCCUUUCUUCUCCAUGUCCACAAAUAUUCUUGGAUCCCCAUAUAUACUGAAACCCUUCUUCCCUAUCAGGUUGUCAGCUGUUACUAUGGCUACUUGUGUCCAAUCCUCAAGAACAGAUACUCCUCAGACAAAUCCAAACAGAACCCAAGUUGAAGAUGAUGCGUUUAAUAACUAUUUAAGACAGUGCAGACCCAUGUUUUCUGGUCUUGUUUCAUGUGUGCCCAUUUCAGAAAAAAAGUCAAAGACCCUCGACACGCCUAAUGUUUUGGAUGAAAUUUGUGGUGAAGAAGAUGAACAGGAAGAUAAUUUAUGGCAGCAGAUGAAAAUUGAGGCAAGGUCAGAUAUUGAUCGAGAACCCAUAUUGUGCUACUAUUAUUUUAGUUCAAUCUUGUCUCAUGAUUCAAUGGGAAGUGCUUUGGCUAAUCAUCUUUCCAUGAAGUUGAGUGAUUCUAGCUUGCCCAGCGGUACACUGUAUGAUCUUUUUGUAGGUUUUCUCACAGAGGAUCAAGAAAUCAUUAUUGCUGUUAAAGAUGAUUUGAGGGCUGUUAAAGAAAGGGACCCUGCUUGUAUAAGUUAUGUUCACUGUUUCUUGAAUUUCAAAGGGUUUUUAGCAUGCCAGGCUCAUAGGGUUGCACAUAAGUUAUGGUCACAAGGGAGAAAAAUUCUUGCCCUUCUGAUACAAAGUAGAGUAUCUGAAGUUUUUGCAGUGGAUAUUCAUCCUGGGGCCAAAAUUGGAAAGGGGAUUUUGCUUGAUCACGCUACAGGAGUUGUAAUAGGAGAAACAGCAGUGAUUGGAAAUAAUGUGUCAAUUUUGCACAAUGUGACUCUUGGUGGCACUGGGAAGGUUAGUGGAGACAGGCAUCCUAAAAUUGGUGAUGGGGUUUUGAUUGGGGCAGGGACUUGUGUACUGGGAAAUGUUAGAAUUGAAGAUGGAGCUAAAAUUGGUGCUGGUUCUGUGGUGUUGAAACAGGUGCCUGCUAGAACUACUGCUGUAGGAAAUCCAGCUAAAUUGAUUGGUGGGAAAGAUAAUCCAAUUAAGCUGGAUAAAAUUCCUAGCUUGACCAUGGAUCAUACAUCAGAUAUAUCCAAGUGGUCUGAUUACGUUAUUUAAGGCAAUCACUUUUUCCUGUUUCUGUAGGAGUUUGGGGCUUUUCUUGUGCUUUUAAGAGAGAGCCUGAGUUCUCCUAUUAGCAUAGAGGAAUUCUUGUCUUGGUGUCGUAUUCUGUGUCAUGGUUGCCUUUAGAUUCUGUGCUGUAUUGGUACAUAAUCCAUGACAAAAUCGCCAAGUGGACCCUUUACUAGAUUUUCGAAAGAAAUUAUGUUGUCUCUUUCCAGGCUUACGAGGCAAAACUACUCGAGUCACAAUGUAAGACCUCCCUGUAUGACCGCUAAGUAAUAGUCUUAUCUUAUCUUUCUUAUUAUUAUUGAAGGAAAUUCUAUUUUUCAAUCUA